CCCAAGUACCGACUUCCGACGACGAAGUGCAAAAGUCGACUGUCAAACAUUGUAACUUUGAUCAAAAAUUUAAUAAUUUGUUUUUUAAUUCCAAUGAAUUUAUACAAUGUUCAUAAGUCGCUAAUAAUAUAAAUUUAUCACAUUUCCCGCGCGUAAAAAUAAGUGGAGAAACGUUAGAACUUUGAUUUUACCAUAAAACAACACAUUUACGUGCGUCACAAUGAGUUCAAGAUUAACAUUUCAAGAGAUAUUCACAGCUUACAAGAAAUGGGUGAUCAAUAAUCCCAAUGUAGUGACUGACGUUGAGACUGUGGCGACGUGGUCGUCGUAUUUCGUAGCCGGGAAAAUAAAUAAAUCACCAUUAGUGUCAGAAUUUAUUUACACAUUGUCGAAACUUUUGUCACUGUUCAACGACCGGCUGAUACGUGAGGCUUACGGCACGCAGUUGCACUACUACGGGCUCCGCGAACAGAUCAAGCUAUGGAUGACGAUAUUACACUAUUGCGAGGUAUUUGUAGAACUUUUUGUAAGAGACAAGUGGGGGAGCAAGGGUAAAUGGACAGUAGCCACCGUCCUGCAGCUGUUUAAGUGCUCAUCGGCAUUGAUUUUGUUGUAUAGGUUUAAAGAGUUGCCAAUAUCGCACCCUCCAAUCGCAGCAUUGCACAGAAAGAAUUUUAUGGAAGGCAAGUUAACAGAUGAGAAUACGAAUUCUUUUUUCACGUUGCGCAGAUCUGGACGUGUUGUGAGGCGGGUGGAUGGCGCUCCGCCCGUUGCUUUCAGGGACUGGGAGCCAGUUAGGAUCAAAGAUGACAGACCUUUACCAGAAAUAGAGACCAAUGACCUGGUACUAGCAGAGACGCUACAUAUUAUGAAGCCACUGUUGCAUUUAGGUGCGAUGAGGGUGUUUGGAACUAAGGCUUGGAAACAAUGGCUCAUUGCACUUGGUCUUGACAUUGCAAGCAUGAGGAUUUACAAUAGGUACAUGAAAGACCUUUCAUUUGACCAAAGACUAGAGAUCAGCCGGAGAAAGUUAAGUUUGGUCCUAUAUUUACUCAGGAGUCCAAUGUAUAAUGGUUAUUCAAAGAAUAUAAUAGAAAAUAUGUUGACGACCAUGUCACGGCAGAUCCCUAUGAUGUCAUUCAUUUGUGGACCGAUCAUCCAGUACUUAAACCACUGGCAGGAAAUUUACUUCUACAUGUGGGCGUCAUAGUUUAAUGUAAGUAGAUAUUAUACUGGUAUGUAUGUGUUGGUAAACUGAAACAUCAAGUUUUUUAAGGCUACCUAAAAUUGUCAUACUUGUUCAUAACUUCAAUCAAAUUCAUAACUUGUUUCUUAUCCUCGUUCUGGCUGCAACAACCAGCCUUCCUUCAAGCUUCAUGCUGAGUUUAUUAGUUUUCUAUAUAAUGUAAAAAUCAAAACUAAAUUCCAGUCAUAACUCUUAUUAUGAUGUGUAUUCACAACAAAUCGGUUAUUAGAAGGCAAGGUCUUCGUAAACACAUUUAUAAAAUGUAUCUAGUAAGACCAAUGGAUAUAGCAUCCAGAUUAGGUGGUCCCUUCAAAGUCACCAUAAGUCAUUAUGAUUACACAUCCUAUAAACAAAGAAACAACAAGAUAUUUUCCAACUAUAUUAAAAGUAUAAAUAUAAAAUACAGAGAAUAUAUUGGCAUAAAUAAAAGUAUAAAUAAAAGUAUGCUUUAUUGAUGCAAAAAAUGUGGUAUAUUUCAAUGAUAUUCUACCUAAAUUUGCAUUUAAUGGACUCAGGGCAGCUCUUCACACGGUGAUCAUUUGUAUGUCUACAAAAUAUACCAUUUAUCACAUUUUUUUCUUACUUAAGUCCUUCUAUGUACUUUAGAAGGACUUAAGUACGCAAUUUAUCAACACAUAAACCAGAAAGAAUUAUAUAUUUAUAAACAAGGUUAUAGUUUUUUAUAAUACCUAUUGCAUACAUUUGAGAGUGCAUUUUAACUAUGUUGAAAAUGUGUCCUUAUUAAUAAUUAAUUUAUGAUACAACAUUUCUUUAUCUUAUCUGGAAUAGCUUCAGUGAUAUGUUAUAUAAUUUUAGAUUAGAAUUUUUCUACUUCUUUAUUGUAUUGCCAAAUUACUAUAUAAACAGAUAGCGAAAUAUAAUGCACUUGGAUCAGGGAGGUACUAUUAUGUAAUAAAUGUAACUUUAAUAAUUGUAUAUGUUAAAUAUGUAUUCCGUAGUUGUGAGAGCAAGGAUGACCUUCUGUGUUCUACGUUAAGGGGCCCCUUUUCCUGCACUGAGCCCUUAAAGUUAUUGCUUUAAUAUUUAAAUCCUACAGCUACUUUCAGACAUUAAACUACAUAGUUAA